GGUUAGUUCCCUAAAUUGAACACGUACUACUGUAACUAACCUUCACGAUUUUGUCUUCUACACCUGCACCAUGUAUUAGUAGAUUCAUGCUGUAUUGCAGCAAAAUAAGACUUUGAUGUAUACAACCAUACGGGUCAACACUAAAUCAUGGUUUUGUCGCAGUCAACACUCUUUGUCCUGAUCAUUGUAUCUUUUUUUGGUCUCAGCAAACAGCAAAUAUACAAUAACUGUGAACAAUUUACACAAGACGUUGGAACAAGCGAAGUUGACAUUUCUGAAGCAAACUCACAAGCUGAUGUUGACAAUGAUCAAGCAAGAUACACUGUGAAUCUGCCUUUUAAUUCAGUUAUUGAGACAAUAGUAUUUGCAAAUAAUACCAGAAAUACUGGACAUACAUAUCCUCCGACAGAUUAUUUUAGACUAAUACGGAACACAGGCAUAGGUCAGUGGCAAGUCCAGAUGAUAAAGUCUAUAGAUAGAGAUGGUGACCUACCUCUUCGGGUUGAUGAUGUAAACUCAAUUGAGUAUGUGCUCAGUUGUCAGGAUAAUACUAACACUAAUCCAUUCUUUCCACUACUGAAGUUUCAAAUUCUGGAUUUGAAUGACAAUGCACCAGUGUUUGUGGAUGCUCCAUACAAAGCCACUGUGAAUGAACUUACACCUGUGGGUACAACAGUUUUCCGAUCGGUGUCAGCAACUGACAAGGACAGAGUGCAAAAUGCCGUUAUUGAGUACACUAUGUUGCCUGGAGAUGGUGGGGCAAAUGAUGGUUUCAACAAAUUUGCUAUUCUAACACCUUCCCAAGGAAUCGUGACAAUAAGCCAAACACUUGAUUUUGAAGCGGUGAAUGAUAACGGUGCACCAUACUAUAUAGUGAAGAUCCAGGCAUCUGAUCAGCCAGACCCGCCCACACUGAAACUGACAGCAGAAACCUAUCUCAACAUAACAAUAACUGACGGAGAUGAUCAAGGCCCAAUCUUUGAAUAUACUGGCUGCAGAGUAACCACAAGUGCACCAUUUAUCUGUUUUAACCCAGAAUACACUGUGAACGUUGUGACUGGAUCAACGACCGGAAACCUUGAGAUUCAUUCCGUUCCAGACCCCAACAACAUACCGGUAACGAUUGGUGCCAGAGAUCAAGACUCACUGAGAUAUCCAAUCAGAUUCUCCAUUGAACAAACCACACCACCUAGCCUGAUAACCACGUUUAACCCGCUUCGAUCCAAUAACCCCAACCAAGGCAGUUUGCUGUACACAACUAGCUUGAGUCUAAACAGUGCCAUCACCAAGGCUGAUGUCAUUGACAAUGAGUUCCAGAUCGUCAUACGGGCGACAGAGCAAGGACAAAGUUCGGGACCCAACCGGUUUCAGCGAGCUAUCAUCAGGGGAAGGGUUCUUCCUGCUAACAACUUUCCACCAGACAUAAGCACAUCAUCUGGCCAGUUGACAGGCUACAUUCGAGAAGAUGCCAAAAGAAAAGAUCAUGUCAGAGACAGCAAUCUUAUAAACUCAUUCCAACUGAUCAUUUCAGAUCGAGAUGUGGUUCGUGUGAAGGCUGGUGAUAAGGGAAAUCCGCCUUGUGAGAGAUUUGAAGUUCUUACAGUGAAUGUUCGGAGAAACAUGUUCUGUCCAAUAUGGAGCAAUACAAAUAGACAAUAUACAGCUACGAUAUUUGAGACACAUGGCCUGAAUAAUAUGGUGACAAAACUGACAGCAACUGAUGCAGAUCAAAAUCCUAGUGAUGCUGGCCGUGUCACCUACCGUCUAGCUAACAAUUCAUUGAAUGCAGAUAAUUUCUACAUUAAUGACUAUGGAGAGGUGUUUGCAAAGAGAUCCCUUAUUGGACUGACUGGUGAUCCAUAUGUGCUGACGAUACUAGCACAAGACAAUUAUGAAAAUAUCUGCACCAGUGAACCAGCAACUCUAACAGUGACUGUGAUCAGAAAUACAUUUCCGCCUGAAUUCAUUGGCGAACCCUAUGCAGUUACAGUUGAUAGUAACAUUCAGCUGAACCAACCGUUCUUUCAAGUUAGAGCCAGAGACAAUGAUACAAAGAGUCCUUACAAAGAUAUAACCUUCAGAAUCAUUGGUGAUGGUGAUUCAGAGACGUACUUCGACGUCAACUCUGUUUCUGGCCAGAUCAGCACAAAGACAGAUAUAAACAACGUUAAUAUUCAAAACUUCUAUAUGAUUGUACAAGCACGAGAUGGUGGCAAUCCAAGCAUGACCGAUUUCGCAUUAAUUCACAUUACUGUCACAAGAAAUCUGUUACAAACAAGGAUCUUGGAAAUACAGAAGCUAGGGGAAACUUUUUUCACUGCGCAGAUCAAUGACAGUGAUCAGUCUUCUUCCAACAAAACUCUGGAAUAUUCGUUAACAUCUGAUACAGUAAAUGCCGACUGCAGGUCUUUCUUUGGCAUCACUAAGAAUGGUGGUCUCUAUGUGCACACAGAUUUGGUUGGAAACCACAAUAAUCCAACACGUUACAUUUGUGAAAUACGAGCCCAAGGUUUAAGCAAUUCAAGUCGUUAUUCUAUAAGCAAUUUCACUGUUGAAAUAACAGUUGUGAGAAACACUGCACCUCGUUUUGUCUUUCCAAGCUUGGGUCAGACCUUUUAUACAGCGACUGUAGACCGCGCCAUUCGUGAUGAUAUUUUGGUUGGAACCUUCACAGUUUAUGAUAAGGAUAUUGAUGUCCCCUUUAACCAACUCCAAUACCAAGUCACUGGUGCAGGAAAAGCAAUGAACUUCUUUGCUAUUAAAGGUAGCAACGAGGUAAUCGUGUCAGAUGUUGCGGGAUUGGCUGCUGAUUCAGACACCUCUUACAUUCUUCAACUGUACACUCGUGAUGGUGGAAGAUCAUUCUUGAGUGAUCAAACAGAAAUGCGAAUUAGAGUCAUCCGAAAUCUGCAUACCCCGAUCUUUACUGCACCAUUUAUUGAAGUCAACAUUACACAGCUAUAUCCUGCUGGCAAUUUCAUUACCAUGGUAUCAGCCACAGACGAUGAUCCAAAGGCACCUGCCAAUGAAUUCAGUUACUCAGCAAGAGAUCCACGAAGUCAAGCCGCAGAGUAUCUGUAUGUACAUGCCACCACUGGCAAAGUCAGUCUACUGAAGUCUGUCAAGGACAUGACGAAUAGGACUCUUGAUUUUUUCAUCCUUGCUACUGAUCAUGGGUUUCCAGCACUAACGGGUACAGCAACAGUUCGAGUGAAUGUGCACUUUCUUGAUGUACCUACAUCCAGUUAUCCAAUACUAUGGAACAACUGGCUGCUUACAUUCGUUUCAUCAUCCAUGGUAUAUCUAGUUCACCUGUCAUUGCUUGAAAUCUAACAUUCAGUAUGCUGACCAGUGCUGUAAUAAAAACUAUGAUCGAGAAACACAAUCCUUGAUUGAAAACAAAUGUCAAGUGAAAUUAUGGAUUUUAUUAGAAAAAAACUCCAAUUACUUCAUCACUGAUCUUAUUAGAAAUGAAGUUGUAACCUGGUUGUGAACAUGAAUCUGUUUAACAUGUUAUUUAUAGUGUUUCUUUUUUAGGUUUAUAUUUUUGCUUGUUUUGUUUUGUUUUCAGAAAUGUGUUAAGGUAAUGUUAGGGUUUGGGCCCUCAAUUUACCACGUGACAUAUUACACAGUAAAUAAAUAUACAUCAAUAUGUUUUUAAUUUGUACCAUUAACUAACAUUUUUCAUUCCAGUUUAUUUUAUUGUACUCUAUUGUAAUUUUGCUUUACGUAUGUAAUUUCUUUAUGUUAACAAUUAACUAAUUUAGACAUAUAUUUUUACUGCUUAUAAUUUCAAAUAGAACUGUGUUCCUAUUAAAACCUUUUACCUUUUGCAUUGUUCUAUAGUACUCUACUGUUCGAUGACCAAGAGCAGUCAUAAAACCGAUAAUGCAAUGCUCUGAAGGCCCUGUUUUUGUAUUUGUAACUUACCUUUAAUUGACUUUUCAUUCCAGUUAUAUGUAUUGUACUGUUAUAAUUUUAAUUUUGCUUUACAUGUGUAAUUCCUUACGUUAAAAGUAACAUGUAACUAAUUUAAUCAUGCAUUUUUACUGUGUUACCUUUUAUAAUUAUCAUUGUUCUAUAAUACUCUACAGUUCGAUGACCUAGAGCAGUCAUAAAACAAUGCAGUGUUUUGCUCUCAAGUGAACAAAAGUUAAAAAUAUUAGAAUCAAAAACAUUAAAUGUAUUGUAAGUGUUUUGUAUGCAAAAAUAUAAUUUUAUGUAAAAUCUGAUACUGGAACCACAACAGUGUUUGGUCUUUCAAAGAA